CACCACCAGGAUACAGCAAAAGCAACACAUUAUCGCCAGAUUCACACACGCCUGAUCAACGGCCCAGCUCUACAACGCACUCGUUCACGACAGUUUCUUGGGUUACUAACACCCGCCCCGCUACCAUGGCUGAGCUAGGUGGGCAGAAACAGGAAAAGGAAGAGAACCCAAUCUUGGGGGCGCGUCCGCCGGUCACUGAUCCGAUCACAUAUCUCACCAUUGUGGAAUAUAAUCUGACGGAGGAGAAUUUGCCAAUCUUACAUCAGGCCCUGCAGGAUCCUGAGUUGACGGCUAACAUCGGCUGGGACCUUAUCCACCUGCUGCUCCCACUCCUCCCAGCAUCUGAAGAGUGUCUGCAGGAUAUUGCCACGAAGGGCAAUCCGAGGGAAUGCGUCUUGAAGGUCACAGAGGCACUGCGGCUGCUGGAAUUUCAAGAUUUGCACGAGGAGACAGAUGAGGAAGGACAUGAGGAUGUCGAGGAGGGCGGGGCAAAUCUUAAAGUACCAGACGUAGAGGUGGGGGAAUCGAGCACGAGUCCUGCAUUCUCACGUACAGUUCUGCCGCCCCUAUCGGUACUCAAGUUCGAGAUUCUCCUCGACCUGUUGGCCACAUUGCAUAGGAGGGUGAAGACCAAGCUCCCAAGUCGCUUCCUUUCGACCAGCCUGCAAGCCGUCCUUCUUGCCUUUAACCGGGCAAACAUGCACCAAGAAGAGCUCACAUUGGCCGCAAUUAAGCUCGUCAAGACACUGUCUGGAACUAAGAGGCCACACCUACCAUCGAGACGAAGCAGCGGCAACCUUUUGAGCCGUACCAAUACGAAUGAAGCUCAUGCUGACCCAGAGGCACAGGAUGAAGCACCGAAUGCCGAUGAGUCGACGCUGGUUAAUCGUUUGCUUCAGUCGUUCAUAACGCAUAUCCUUGAGGACUAUGUCCUCUCCUUGACCUCAGACGACGAUGUUCCAGGUCUGUCGUGGGCCAGCAGGUUGAUGGAGAAGUACGAACCGCGCAGAAUACCGAACAAGCCGAAUUACCAGAAGUAUGCAGAUCGAUUUGCAGAAGACGAAGAUCUGAGGUCUAGAACUGCUAUUCUCGGACAGGUGGUAGCUUUGGCGCAGGAUCUUGGGCUGAAGACGGAGGAGCUGGUCUCGACCAUUCUAGAUCCGGAGAUCGAGAAACGCGGGAUUCCAGGCACCGAGGACGAGCCGCCCGCUACUGCUGCCGACAUACCAUUAUCGAGAACCGGUGCGCUCAUCUUAUACACUGCACGCAAUGUCAAGCAAGAGCUGUAUGCGGCGGCUCAUGGGGAUGAAAGGACCUCGCUUCCCAUCUUCCCGGAUCACGCGACAAUACUCCAGAACUUCGUCGGCGCGCUUGGCCCGCAGACAGUCGGUCUUGAGCCAGAAGCACUUCUCGACAUCAUACUCGCCCUCGGUCUCGUCGCGCUCGAUAACAACAACAUCGGUGAGCCCCAAGACGAUGAGUCUUUCGCACAGUACCUUCAGACCGUCUCGCUCAUCUCCGCCAACACACCCUCCCCCAGCCUGCGAGGGCAUGCGCACUACCUCACGACCACCACUCUGCGUUCCCAUCCCCAUGACCUUGUCCGCCUGACCUUCAUCCGGGAUACCCUCGAACACUGCCCGUACGAGAACCUCAAGGCAAGCGCAGUGUCAUGGCUCAAGGGCGAGACCCUCGAGGCAAACGACCCACGGGCCAAUACUGACGACGACACUCCAACGUCCAUCUUCGCAACUCCCGUCGCGCUACAGACCGUGGCUCCUUAUCUCUGGCCAGACAUCAGCGGCCACUAUGCCUCGAAGAGCGUCGACAUUGGCGAUUCAUGGAUGCAGUUCCGGCAAGAACUCGGGUUCUACGUUGCCGCCCUCAACUUCUACUACCUCUUGCUCCAGGCGCAGCACCUGCAUGAGCCCUUGGGCGUCAAGAGUCUCGAUGUCACACAUUACAUUGAGACGUUGAAGAAAGUUGCUGCGAGCUUCCAAAAAGAGUUGGUGGAAGGAGGCGAACUAAGUGCCGUAGUUGAAGAAGGAGAGGCGAAGGAGCAGGCCUUGGCUGAUGUAGGGUUACUCCAGAAGGUUAUCGAGUGGGUAGAGGGCGGUCAGAAGAAGAUGUAAUCAAACCUCAGCAGACGCUAGUGUAGUCAUGACCUGAAUGUAAGAAAGCUCAAGCA